AUGUCCUACAGGCCUGAAGAGGUUGACGAGAUCAUCCUCAGGCUUGAGAAGAAUGUGGAGCGCCAGAUCGCGACCGUGAACUCCGCGGUCAAGGGUGUCGCGGCCGAGCGUGAUUUGCUCAGCACCGCUGAAGCCAGCCGGGACUUGUUGUUGAAAGCCGUUGCUGGCGAGAAAGACUAUCUGGACAAAGUGUUUGGUGGGAGCUGCGAGCGCAUUGGGCGCUUCCGGCAUUGCCUCGAUCCUGUGAAGUUCUCGGACAUGCACAAGAAAGAUCCGCGGUGGCAGAUGCUGCAGAACUCCAUUGAGACUGUUGAGGCGGUUCUCAAGGACCUCGGGACCUUCAAACCCUGGGUGCCACCCACGGUGAAGGCGCCGGAGAAGAUCUCCUACAAAGGGGUGCGGCGAAGAAUGUCGCCAGGAAGGCGGGUCAACAUCAAGCCCGAAGUCGAAGGUGGCGAGGUGAGCUCUUUCGAAGUAUCUCCUGCGCUACCCGAGGGCCUGGAGCUGGAUGCAUCCACUGGGAUCAUUUCCGGUGCCUUGCCGAACAAGCUGCUCGACGAGGCCACUUACACCGUCGUUGCCAAGAACGAAGCAGGUGAGGCUCGGGCCGAAUUAUGCUUCGCAGUCAAGGAAACGCCCCCUGUGACGCUCUCGUAUCCAACUGCCCUAGCUGCGCUUGAUGUUGGUCAAGCGGUCAGUUGGGCUCCGACGAUCGAAGGCGGCGACGCAACCAAAUGGUCGGUGUCGCCUGAUCUGCCCCCUGGACUGGUGCUGGGCGCCGACACGGGCGCCAUUGCCGGAGCUCCGACUCAGGCAGCGGAGCCGGCAGCGUACACAAUAUGCGCUGCAAAUUCCGGUGGAGAGGUAACUACUGCUCUUCAGCUGGAGGUGAAAGGUGUUGGACCAAAGCCGCCCAACUAUGGUUUGGAGGAGGGUGGAGCUGUGCUCUUCGUCGGGGAGGCAGUCGACUUGUCGCCGCAGGCGGCCGGAGAUACAACUUUCAGCGUCAGUCCAGAUCUUCCUGACGGCCUCAGAUUUGACGAGGCCACUGGCCGGGUCACGGGAACCCCGCAGAGCCCGCUGCCGACCACAGACUUUCAGGUGACUGCCACGACGGCUUCGGGCAGUGCGGAGUCGAAGCUCACCUUGACGAUCCGGCCUGAGAAGCCUCACACCCUCAGGUAUCCUGAGCUAGAAGGGACCUACAGCUUGGGCCAGGAGGUCAAGCUGGAAGCAGAGGUUCAAGGCGCUGUGAGAAGCUUUGCAGUGGAGCCGGCACUUCCUGAAGGAGUGAGCCUGGAUGAGACCACGGGUGCCAUCACUGGUGCUUUCUCCGCCCUGUGUGGUGAGCAGACGUAUGUGGUGACGGCCUCCGGGGAGGAUGGACACACAUCGGCAGAGCUGAGCUUCGCCGUGGUGCUCCCUGCUCCCAAGAACUUGACUUAUCCAAUGGCGAGUUCAUCCUACGCCGUGGGCGAGCCGAUGUCGAUCGAGCCGGACCUCGAAGGGUCUGAAGGCUGUACAUUCGCAGUGGAGCCCUCCUUGCCUGAGGGCCUGGCGCUAGAUCCCGCGACGGGUGUGAUCAGUGGACAGCCUGUGGCAGAGUCACCCGAGACCACGUACGUGUUGAGUGCCUCGAACGCCUCUGGCAGCACGACUGCAGAUCUCACCUUUCAGGUGCAAGAAGUGCAGACUGUCGACGCAGCGGGCAUCGACCAGAAGCUGGCAGCGAAGAUCGAGGCGAUCGAGGACAUCUCUGACAUGAUCGAAGAGCCUGCCAAGGCCAAGUCAUUCGGAGACUGGAUGAUCUGGAUGGUGCACCGUGCGCACCUGGAUGAUCCCACCUUGACCGACUUCGAUUUCAGCAACCUGCACAUGCCACGAGGGGACCUCGAGGAGCGGAUAGCACCAAAGCUGGCGAAGGCGAUGGCAUGGAACACCAACAUCCAGACCUUGUCGCUGGUGAACUCCAACUUGCAGAAGGCUGAAGGUGUCGUGCUGGCACAGUCAUUGAAAACGAACAAGACCUUGCUGCACCUCAACCUCGAGAAUAACUGCUUAGAUUCUGCCUCCGUCAAAGACUUGGCCACCAAUCUAAUGGAAAAUCCAAGCAGUAAAAUCGAGACGUUGCGCGUGGCGCAGCAGAAGCAGGUGGGCAAUUCCUUUGGCAGGCCGGUGGAAGAGGCGUUUGGCCACUUGCUGGAGAAGAACGAAGCCAUCCUCAGGCUGGGCUUCUUUUGCAGCGAUGCGCACUGGCGCAACCUCAUCGAUCGGGCCGUCCUGCGCAACAACGACUUUGCCAGGAGGCGGAGGAAGCGGAACAUGGGCGAGGAAGAGGAGGAGGUGCCUGCAGAAGAAAAGCCGCUCAGUCGACUUCUGCUGAAGACACCGCCAGCGAAGCCAGCCAGCGAGCUGCUGCCGGAGGGCGAGCCUGCGCAUGCAGCAGUUCGGGGCUUCCUGAUCCUUCACCGUAAGUUCCCCACAUCGUCUCAGUUGCAGACGUAUGCCAAGAACAACGGCAUGCCGAUGAAGUUCUCUGAGGCUGCCCCUGCAGCGAAGGGCUUCCGAGCUGCUGUGCUGGAAGUGGCCAAGGAGACGGAGGUUGUGGUGGCAGAUGCGUACGAAGUGGACAACACUGGCAUCAUGAGGAAGUGGUCGAUCCAAAACGACAACUGGAACCUUGACAUCUGGACCCCAGAUAAGAAGAGGUUCCAGUACACCUCUUCAGCUGGGAAGGAGCCUGCCCUGACCAUUUCAGCAGAAUGGGCAGCCGUGACCUCAGCAAGCCUGCAGUGA